AUGAUCGUUACUAAGAAUUCAAUAUCCUCAAUAUCUAACCCAAUAUAUCCAAAAUACAUAUUUCGUGGACAUGAAGAACAGAUAAUGAGUUUAGAAUUCGAUGAAAAUAAUUCAUAUAUUUUAUCAGGAGAUUCAGGAGGAACCAUUAUCAUUUGGGACCUGAUAACGAAACGUCCAAUUAUAAAAUUUAAAGGACACACUAAAGGGAUAUUGAGAGUUACACUUUUUCAUGAUAAAUUGAUAAGUCAUGGAAGAGAUAAUUUCAUUCAUGUUUGGAAAUUAAAUCAAUAUUUAAAGAAUUUAAAAAUUAAUGAAUUAAAACCUUUUUGUGAAGAAAGUAAAUUAAAUCCUGAAAAUAGUUUAUUUAUAAAUUCGGCGAGUUUUUGUAAAUUUGAUUUAUAUUGUAAAGAAGGAAUUGAACAGGAAGAAAUUUUGGUAGCAAUCCCUAGAUAUUGCAUGGCCUUAAAAUUAUUUCCAAUUUCCCAACCAAAUAAUUACUUGAUGUUAGCAUCUUAUGAGAAUGGUAGCGUAGUAUUAUGGUCAAUAACAAUUAAUCAAAUUGAUACAUCUUCGAAAGAUGAUAAUAAUAAAAGGAUUGUUAUAGAUCAAUUGUGGAAUUGCAAAGAACAUGUUGAAACUUUGGGUCUUGAUAUUUCGGUUGAUAAGAAAUUUGCGAUAUCUACUGCUGGAGAUAAUAAAAUUGUUAAAUAUACUUUCGAUGAGAAUUACCAAAACGAACCAAUAAUAAAAAGUACAAUUCUAAAACAUUCUGGAAUAGCUGAUGUAAAGAUUAGAUCAGAUGGAAAGAUUUUUGCCACAGCUGGAUGGGAUGCAAAAUUUGAUUCGUAA